AUGCUUCAAGAAUAUAUAAAGUUUCUUCGCGAAAUGAGCAUGCGGAUGCUUGCACAACAAAUUUUAAAUUUUUUAAUGAUAAUAUGUUCGGCUCUAAUGUUAUGGAAAACGUUAUCACUUUAUACCAAUAGUGAAAGCCCAAUUGUGGUGGUUUUGAGUGGUAGUAUGGAACCAGCAUUUUUCAGAGGAGAUUUAUUAUUUUUAACUAUGCCAAAGGAACCAGUGAAAGUAGGUGAUAUUGUAGUAUUUAAGAUUCAAGGGAGAGAAGUGCCAAUUGUUCAUAGAGUAAUAAAAUUACAUAAUAAAGCUCAAUCAGAUAAACAAUACAUUUUGACUAAAGGGGAUAAUAAUCAAGUAGAUGAUAGAGGUUUAUAUAAUAAAAAUCAAUUCUGGAUUCAUAAAGAACAUUUAGUUGGAAAAGUCACUGGAUUUCUGCCUUAUGUUGGAAUGAUUACUAUAGUAAUGAAUGAUUAUCCUCAACUUAAAUAUCUUUUAAUUGGUGCUCUUGCUAUAUACAUGUUAAUAAAUAGAGAAUGA